CAUCUAUCUCUAAGGACAGCAGCGACAGUCUGUGGAUGUCAAGGCACAGGCACACAUACAUGUAUAUAUAGCAGGGCAGUGUCUCAAACUAACCAUAAAACCAAUACUUCAGAUGAAUUCCAUGGAGACCACAGCUUUAAUAAGACUUUUGCUGGGUCUUGUACUGAUAGCCAUGACGGCAAUCCCAUCAUGCUCUGCACAGUGUCAUUAUGACUGGCCGGAAUAUUUCAAGAACCUGACAACAUGUCCCCGGAAAAACCCUAUAGAAAACGGCACUGCUGAAUACCACAUAAAAUGCAACUUUCACGGGCCCGAGAAUGUGACCUUGAGGUGGUACAGGCGCAUGCCAUUUGACCCAGACGGAUAUAACGAUACACUCAUCUCACCAGGGGACAACACCUCACAUAUUCAGACAUUCCAAGAUGGCCGUCUCAUCAUUCGCAACACCAAACUUGCAGAUUCUGGGGAUUAUGUGUGUAAGACAGCAGACCUAGCAAAUGAGGCAUUGGCGGUUGUGAAAGUGUUUGUCAUGCCGGACUAUAUUUUAGAAAGCAUCAUUAUUGGCACCACUUUAGCCGUGUGUAUGGCAAUAUGGCUGACGUGCACCCUCACCCACCAUGUUAAACAGCAGAAACAGUUUAAAAAGCUGAAGGCUUUAACAGAGAAUGUGAGAUAGCAUUUUAAAUUGCUGUGCUCACAGUCAGGAAUUGGCUGACAACUGAGGGGAUAUUGUCAGACUUUCUGUUUUAGACAAACUGAAUUUUACAUUCCUAACACAAGGGUGAAGAGAAGACUGAAUUCUUUGCAAUAGCUCAUCCACAUUAUAAGACCAUUGCCCACAAGUUUUUCACAAAUAGUCAUGCCCAGUGCUUGCCUCUUAGAAAAAUAAGUUGCUGGACCUAAUCCAGCCAUCUUGAAAAGUAGCUUGACUGAAUGUCUGCCGGGUGGGAAAACUGGUUGUGCCAGCUUUCCACAGGUCUUGACUUGCACAAGACAUCAAGUCUACAUUCAUGUUAACUUAGUACUUUAU